AUGCUUACCGAUUCUUCGGAUCUGGUGGAUGCCAACAAGUCCGAGGCCGAAAAUCUCCAACAAUUGAUGAUGCAGCUGCAGGUAUGUGGUGUUAUUUUGAAGCUGUUGGGUUGAUAAUGCUAUCUGGAAACAUUUUGCUACCAAAAAUUUGGUUUGGAGGGGUGAAUUUUUGGUCCGACCUUAUUUUAGGUGAUGUUGAUGGAGAUUUCGAUUUUUUGAUGGGUAAACCAAUGUUAUUUUGAUGUUUAUCGACUAGAUGUAGCUGUUAAAUUUUCUGGCGGUUCUUUUGAGAUGAAAAACCAAACCAUUCAUCUUCUUGCUUAUCAGAUUUUAUCGAUUUUUCCCACCGAAACCUCUCCAAACUCUUCUUUCUCCUCCAGCUCGCUUUUACUGUUACAGUAGCCCAAAAAUCGGAUUGUAGAUUGCUCUAGGCACUGAGGCAAUGUCCUUAGCAUCCCAUUCGUCACAAAAUUUCGCACGUAGAGCAUGGGAUUAGCGGCGAAAAAUCCGCUUUUCCCCGCUCCCGCCCCUUUCCCUACCGUAGCGUUUUACAGCGCCGCCGGAUGGCCCAAUAAAGACCCUCAGGGGGAUGCGUGCGGACUCUUCUCUUUACUAUCGAACCGUCCAACUUCGACGGACUGUUUACAAAAUUUCGCACCGUUAUUUUCGAAACUUUUUCCCGUCCCCCCCUCCAUCCCCAUUUUUCUUCGAUUUUAUCGAUGCGAAAAAACAGUCACGCUGCCCAUGGAAGAGCGCGUUUUUUAGCGUCGUUUAAACGAAUUAUUAAUUUCGCGAAGAGGAGUCGACGCCGAUCGCAGUUUGCCGAUAAGCGGAGGGUCCGCAAAAAAUUUUGGAAAUUUCAAUAAAAACACCGAGAAAAAACCGCUUAUCGCAAAUGUUUCCAAGCCUUUGUGGUGUUGUGGAGGGCCGAUACAGUAGCGGAAGAAGUGCUGUGUUAUCAGCGAUACGGUCCGGGAAGGUGCAGGGAAUCAAAAGUUGCGGUUUUGCAAAUUUUUCGAUUUUUUGGGGGGCUCUUGGUAAAAUAAGGUAAAAUUCGAAAUUUUUUUUGGAGUUAUUGAGGUAAUUUUGAUUGUAUAAUUGAGUAAAGACUUUGUUAAUUAUAUUUUAGAAUAUUUUAGGGCAGCUGAAGUUAGUUUUAUAUGAUUUUUUUAGGAAAAAAAAGAAAAUUUGGGGUUUUUUGGCUAAAAUAAGGUAAAUUAGAGUUUGAAAAGGUCUUAAAUUGCCUUUAAAUGAGUGUAUAUAGAAGAUGAGACCUUGAAAAGUGUUUACAAUGAGAUUUUUCACAAUUUCUCAACGAUUUUUUAUCGAAAAAUUGAGGAAAAUUGAAAAUUUAGGCAUGUUUUGCUAAAAUAAGGUAAAUUAGGGGUUGAAAAGGUAAAAAAAGGUUUAACUUGCCUUCAAAUUAAUGUAUAUAAAAGAUGGGACCUUGAUAACUAUUUACAGCAUAAUUUUUCACAAUUCUCCACGGAUUUUUUUACCAAAAAAUUGAAAAAAUCCCCAAAAAAAGUUGAAAAAAUUAACCAACCGUUUUUUUCAGAAUGCUCAGAACUCGAACGGAACCUCCUCAAUGUUCGACACGCUCUUCAACCAAGCCCUCUUCCAGAACGGCCGCUCCUCGGCGCAGACCGAGCACGCCGAGCAGUCGCCCGUCUUCUCCGAGCCCACCACCCCAGCCAUAAACUCGAACGACCUGAUGUCGCGCCUCCUCAACGACCACCCACCGCAGCCGCAGCAGCCGGCCCAGAACGAGCUGGACCCCCAGCAGUUGUUGAACUUCCUGGCGACGCUGAACCCGGCCGAAGGCGGCGCCGAUUUGAUGAGGUUGUUGGGCCCCAAUGCCACCUCCUUGUUGGGCCCGCUGGACACACAGACAAUGAAUAAGGUUGGUGAUUGUGGUGUUUAUUAUUUAUAAAGGGUGUGAAGAGGCUUUGGGGAAAAUUUUUGGGCCAUAGGGUUACUGUAAUUUUAGUUAUAAUAAGGUCUUUGGAUAGCGGAAUUUUUGAAAUUUCUUGGGAAAUUCAAAAUAAUUUUGUUGUUUUUUGAUGUGUAGAGAUAGAAUAGGGUCUAGAAGAGGCUUUUGUGAAGUUUCAGGGCAUUUGGAUUACUGUAAUUUUUGUUAUAAGCGGGUUUUCGAUUUUUUGAAAUUUCUUGAAAAAUUCAAAAUAAUUUUAUUAUUUUUUUGAUGUACAGGGAUAAAACAGGGUCUAAAAAAGGCUGUUGUGAAUUACUGGGCCGUUCGGAUUACUGUACUUUUCAAUUUUGCCAAAAAUUUUUAACGGGAAACACUAGGAAAAAGUCUUGGAAAAACGAGAUUUUUUGAUGGGUUUGAUCAAGUUAAUGAUCAUGCCAUGUCUUUUCGAGUGUUUAAUUAUCUAUUUUGGCUUUUGGAUUACUGUAAUUUUUGAUAAUUUUAAAAAAAUUGCGAUUUUUUUAAAAUUUUUCGAUUUUACCCUAAUUUCCCUAAUUUUUCAGCCGCAAAAGCGCUCAAACGUCAGCACCACCGCCUCGCCAGCGCCACAACACUCGGACGACCGGCCGGUCGCUAAAAUGCCCCGCCUCACCGCGCAAACCGAGAAGAAGGACAGCGAUUUGCUGGAGAAGCUGGACCUGGGCAACUUCCUCCUGCAACAGGCCCAAAAACAGAUCCGCUCGCCCACCAACUCGCCCGAAAACACCCCACCCACCCCGCACGUCAACGUCCCCACCUCAUCGGACCCGGCGAGCGUCCUCAACCAGCUGCUUCCCAGCUUAUCCAUGCCCAACUUCAACUUCCCAAUGUUCCCAAACUUCAACAGCCAGUCGCUGGGCCUCGAAAACCAACUCGACAUGGCCCGCAUGGCCCAACUCGUCAACCAGGCCCAGCAGGUCCCCAAAACACCGAAACGACAGUACUCCUCCACCAGCAAGAAUUACUGCGACCUGUGCAACAAAGAGGUCUGCAACAAGUAUUUUUUGAGAACACACAUGCUCAAGAUGCACAAUAUCGUGAUUGAUGAGAAUAAGAGCGUCAUCGCUAACAUUGAUACACUCGAGAAGGAAAAGGAAGGAGGGUUGAGCUUCAGGUAGGAGAGUUGGGAGGAUUUUGGGGGUUUGGAGAGUUUGCACUGUGCGAAAUAUGGGAAAUUUUUGAUUUUUUUGCACGGUGCGAAAUUUUUGGUUUUUUGCACUGUGCAAAAUUUAUGAUUUUUUGCACGGUGCGAGAUUUUUGAUUUUUUUGCACGGUGCGAAAUAUGAGAAAUUUUUGAAUUUUUUUGCACAGUGCGAAAUUUUUAAUUUUUUUGCACGGUGCGAAACAUGAGAAAUUUUAGAUUUUUUUUGCACAGUGCGAAAUUUUUUGAUUUUUUGCACGGUGCGAAAUAUGAGAAAUUUUUGAUUUUUUUUGCACAGUGCGAAAUUUUUGAUUUUUUUGCACGGUGCGAAACAUGAGAAAUUUUAGAUUUUUUUUGCACAGUGCGAAAUUUUUUGAUUUUUUGCACGGUGCGAAAUAUGAGAAAUUUUUGAUUUUUUUGCACGGUGCGAAAUAUGAGAAAUUUUUGAUUUUUUUUGCACUGUGCGAAGUUUUGGAUCUUUUGCACUGUGCAAAAUUUUUGAUUUUUUUGACUGCACUGUGCGAUUUUUAAAUUUUUUCACCGCACAGUGCAAACUUUCACUGCACAGUGCAGUGAAAAGUUGAUUGCACUGUGCGAUGAGAAAAUUUUUUAUUCUGCACUGUGCAAAAUUUGGCGUUUCUUUUUUUUUGCACGGUGCGAAAAUUUAAGUUCUUAUUUUUCCCGCACAGUGCAAUUCGAUUUUUUUUCUAAAUUGUUUGCAGACUUCUUGGAGGUUUUGGAUAAACUUUCAAUUAUUGUAUCGCUAAUUGAAGACAUUUCAGAUGCGACCUGUGCAAGAUCAAACUGGACACCCGCACCCAGCUGCGCGACCACAAACGCGACGCGCACGGGAUCAUGCCGCUGACGAACGCGCAGCCCGUCCCCAGCACCAACAACAACAACCACGCCGGCUCCUCGGCCUCCUCCGAGUGCGAGGUCAGCCAAAAAACCCCGACCAACUUCGACAGCACCCAGGAAUUCACGAAAUUGGAGCCCCAGGACACGGUACCGCCGCCCAGCUCGAGCUCCUCCACCGCCUCCAUCUCGGAGGAGUGCUGCCCCGUGUGCGUGGGCAAAAUGGAGGCCGAGAAGCUGAGCCUGCACCUGAUGACUCACCACAGCAACCAGCUCAGCCAGACCUUCCUGGACGGCAUGAAGGCCGAGGAUCAGGUGCUGGAAAGCGUCGAUGAAGCCGCCCUGAGGUUCGCCAGAGGCCGAGAGGAGUUCAGGCCCGGGAAUAAGGAGGAGAAACACUCACAUACUGUAGGUUGCAGGGGAUUUUUGAAAGGAAUGGGAUUUGGGGAGAAAUGAAAUUUUUUUUGGGACCUUGUUUUAGAUGAAUUUUUGGUGAUUUUUGAUUGAAUUUAGAUGAUUUUGUGGGUAAAAUGGAUAGAAUAGAGAGUGUAGAGAAUUUAGAGACUAUUGGGAUUUAUUUUGGACACUUUUUCACAUUAUUUUAGAACAAAAUUUUUUUUUUCAAAAAUUUUUUUUUUGAUUUUGUGGAGUGGUAAUAGCUAAAUCAAGAAGGUUAUGACCUCAAAGCUUAUUUAAAAAUAUUUUACCCUCGAUUUUACCUUGAUUUAGAUUAUAAAAAUUAAUUUUUUUUUCAAUUUUUUAAUUUUUUUUCAAAUUUUUUUUUUAAUUUUUCGAAGUGGUAGUAGCUAAAUCAAGAGGGUUAUGAUCUCUAAAAUUGUUUAAAAUUAUUUUGCACUCGAUUUUACCUUGAUUUAGAUUAUAAAAAUUAAUUUUUUUGAAAUUUUUUUCAAAAUUUUUUAAUAAUUUUUGACUUAUUUCCCCCAUUUUCAGUCCGGCUCCGCCUCCCCGCUCUCCGUGAACAUCCCCGAAGCCUACUUCCAAAAUCUGGAGACCUCGAAAACAAUGCACAAUCAAACCGUCGUCCUGAAAGUACUGGACCAAAACGCCAAUCUCCCCGAGGAACUGUUGGCCUACCUGCCGGUCAAGACCCAAAUCACCCAACCCAUCCGCCUCACCAUCGAACUUCGUCCCACCCCCGACCCGAAAGAAGUCUAA